UGCAUUUCUGUCUGUGGUCCGGGAAGAGGCAUAGGAUCUGACGGCUCCCUCCAGUCCAGUGAAAUACUCACCCGCUUUGCACGGAGGCCGGAAUUGGAAGCGACCGUUGUGAAACGUUAAAGAUUUUCUGGCAGUGGGAAAGGGAUUUUUUUUUUCCCUUCCUCCCUCCCUGCAGAGGAAAAACAGUUCUAAGGAGAGAGUCACUUUGUAGUUGUAACUCCCAUUCAAAGACUCCCAGCCCGAGAAACUGUGGAUUCCCGUGCCUCUCGUGCGUGGUUUCUAAGAGACUGUCACUUGGUCCUUCUACACCCUGCUCAUGAGUUUACCCAGGACCAUCUUCCCCAGGAGGGAGGCCGGGACUCACGCAGUGGCAGCUAAACCCAGUUCAUCUGUCAUUCACCGGCCAAAGCCCAGAGAACAGGAAAGAAAGAAGCGUGGCCUUGCUUCCUCUCUAAGGAUGGAGCCCCACGGCCACUCCGGAAAGAGCCGGAAAUCCACAAAAUUUCGCUCCAUUUCCCGUUCCCUGAUCCUCUGUAAUGCCAAGACCAGUGAUGACGGCUCUAGCCCCGAGGAGAAGUACCCCAACCCUUUUGAGACUUCACUGUGCCAGGGCAAGGAGGGUUUCCUUCACUCCUCCAUGCAGCUGGCAGACACGUCGGAGGCGGGGCUCAGCAACAUGCCAGGCCUGGUGCUGGCCUCAGAGGCUGCUCAGCUCCAAGCACCUGGGAGUGAUCGAGGAAAACACUGUAGGAAGAUGUUCUUCAUGAAGGAAACUUCUACAACUUCCUCAAAAGAAAAGACUGGAAAACCAGAAGCACAGAGUAGCAGCUUCCUGUUUCCUAAAGCCUGCCACCAAAGGACUCGAAGCAACUCCACCAGUGUUAAUCCCUACUGCUCAGGAGAGAUUGAUUUUCCAAUGAGCAAGAAAUCUGCAGCUCCCACUGACAGGCAGCCGUACUCUCUCUGCAGCAACAGGAAGUCCCUCUCUCAACAAUUGGACUACCCAGUUUCGGGCACUGCAAGACCAACUCGGUCACUGAGCACAGCUCAGCUCGGGCAGCUGUCUGGGGGUCUACAGGCUUCAGUCAUCUCCAACAUCGUGCUGAUGAAGGGCCAAGCAAAGGGCCUGGGCUUCAGUAUUGUUGGAGGAAAGGACAGCAUUUACGGCCCCAUUGGGAUUUACGUGAAGAGCAUCUUUGCAGGGGGAGCAGCUGCUGCUGAUGGGCGGCUGCAGGAAGGUGAUGAAAUUCUGGAACUCAAUGGUGAAUCGAUGGCUGGCCUAACACACCAGGAUGCCUUACAGAGGUUCAAGCAAGCCAAGAAGGGGCUGCUGACCCUGACAGUGAGGACCCGCCUGACAACACCGCCUUCACUCUGCAGUCACCUGUCACCCCCUCUGUGCCGAUCCCUGAGCUCUAGUACAUGUGGUGCUCAGGACAGAAGCCCCUUCUCCUUGGAAAGUCCAGCAUCUCCUGCCAGCACUGCCAAGCCCAACUACAGAGUCAUGGUGGAGGUGUCUCUACAGAAAGAGGCAGGUGUUGGCCUGGGGAUUGGCCUGUGCAGCGUCCCCUAUUUCCAGUGCAUCUCCGGCAUCUUCGUUCACACACUGUCACCAGGAUCCGUGGCACACCUGGAUGGACGGCUACGGUGUGGUGAUGAGAUCGUGGAAAUCAGCGAUUCUCCAGUGCACUGCAUGACCCUCAACGAAGUCUAUACAAUCCUGAGCCACUGUGACCCUGGCCCAGUUCCCAUCAUCGUUAGCCGACAUCCAGACCCACAGGUUUCUGAACAGCAACUCAAGGAAGCUGUGGCUCAGGCUGUGGAAGGCGUCAGAUUCGGAAAGGAGAGGCACCAGUGGAGCUUAGAAGGUGUCAAGAGGCUGGAGAGCAGCUGGCACGGGCGGCCCACCUUGGAGAAAGAGCGUGAGAAGCAUUCGGCGCCCCCACACCGAAGAGCCCAGAAGGUCAUGGUCCGCUCCAGCAGUGACAGCAGCUACAUGUCUGGGUCACCAGGGGGAAGCCCCUGCAGUGCAGGUGCGGAGCCACAGCCUUCUGAGGGUGAAGGCAGCACACACUGUCCCAGCCUGCCCCAGGGGCAGGAACAAGAUGCGUGUCCAGGGGUCCCACCCAGGCCUCAUCAGGAGAGCCCGCCCCUUCCCGAGAGCCUGGAGAGAGGCAGCCACCCACCACUGAGACUGAAGAAAUCCUUUGAGAUUUUGGUGAGAAAGCCGACAUCCUCCAAACCCAAGCCUCCACCCAGAAAAUACUUUAAAAAUGACAGCGAGCCUCAGAAGAAACUGGAAGAGAAAGAGAAGGUCACAGACCCUUCUGGGCACACCUUGCCCACCUGCAGCCAGGAAACCAGAGAGCUGCUGCCACUGCUGUCGCAGGAAGACAUUGCAGGGAGAAACCCCUGCACCGCUGCCUGCUGCCCAGGACCUGCAGCCACCACGCAGACUUCGUUCUCCACAGGGGGAGAGCCAAGGAGUGCCAGCCCAGCGACUCCAGCGUCCCCGGGAAAACACCCGCUGCUGAAGAGGCAGGCACGGAUGGACUAUAGCUUUGAUACCACCCCUGAAGACCCUUGGGUUAGAAUUUCCGACUGCAUCAAAAACUUAUUUAGCCCUAUCAUGAGUGAGAACCAUGGCCAUGUACCACUACAGCCCCACACCAGCCUUGGUGAAGAGGAUGGGACACAGGGCCACCCAGAGGGGGUCCUGUCAAAACUGGACACUGUCAAUGGUGCUCCCAGAGUUUACAAGUCAGCAGAAGGCAGCACUGUAAAGAAAGGGCCCCCGGUGGCCCCAAAGCCGGCGUGGUUUCGGCAGAGCUUGAAAGGUCUGAAGAAUCGCGUCCCAGACCCCAGAAGACACCCAGAGGUAGUCUCAGCCACUCAGCCAACACCUGCUUCCAGGGACCCCCCAGGGCCACACUCUCAGGCCUCCUCCUCCUCCUCCUCCUCCUCCUCCAUUAGGCAGAAAAUCAGCUCUUUUGAAAACUUUGGCUCCUCACAAUUGCCAGAGAGAGGAGUGCAGAGACUGAGCCUACAGCCCAGCUCUGGGGAUACCACAAAACUUCCAGGAAAGCAAGAUGCAGGACGGUUUUCUGGUCUCCUGGGUCAAGGAGCUACAGUCUCUGCUAAGCACAGGCAGGCAGAGCCAGAGCCUAUGCCCAAAGCCCUUCCUAACACCUCAGAGGUCAGGGACCCAGGGAUGUCUGAGUCUCCUCCCCCAGGUCAGCGACCCAGCCCAAAAGCUCUGACUCCAGACCCGCUCCUUAGAAGGCUGACCACACAGGCUGAGGACACUCAAGGCCCAGGCCUCAAGAUGCCAAGUCAGCGGGCACGGAGCUUCCCCCUGACCAGGACCCAGUCCUGUGAGACAAAGCUGCUGGAUGAAAAGGCGAGUAAGAUUUACUCCAUCAGCAGCCAGUUAUCAUCGGCCGUCAUGAAAUCCCUACUGUGCCUUCCAUCUUCAGUCUCCUGUGGCCAGAUCACCUGCACGCCCAAGGAGACGAUGUCUCCAAAGCCACCUUGCAACAGCAGCGUAUCUGCAGAGGGUCUUGGUGAAGCUGUGGCCUCUGACACAGGGUUCUCCCUGAACCUUUCAGAACUGAGAGAAUAUUCAGAAGGCCUCACGGAGCCCCGGGACACCGAGGACAGGGACCAUUGUUCUUCUCAGCCUGGCCAGUCAGUUAUCUCCCUGUUGAGCGCAGAAGAACUGAAAAAGCUCAUCGAGGAAGUGAGAGUCCUCGAUGAGGCCACGCUGAAGCAAUUAGACAGCAUUCACGUCACCAUCUUACACAAGGAAGAGGGCACUGGCCUGGGGUUCAGCUUGGCAGGAGGAGCGGAUCUGGAAAACAAGGUGAUCACGGUUCACAGAGUGUUUCCAAAUGGGCUGGCUUCUCAGGAAGGCACAAUUCAGAAAGGCAAUGAAGUGCUUUCCAUCAAUGGCAAGUCUCUCAAGGGGGCUACUCACAAUGAUGCCCUAGCUAUCCUCCGCCAAGCUCGGGACCCAAGGCAAGCUGUGAUUGUCACCAGGAGGUCAACUGUGGAGGCCAUUCAUGACCUGAACUCCUCCACUGAUUCUGCAGCAUCAGCUUCAGCAGCCAGUGACAUUUCUGUAGAAUCUAUAGAGGCCACUGUCUGCACAGUGACACUGGAGAAGACCUCGGCCGGACUGGGGUUCAGUCUGGAGGGUGGAAAGGGCUCCCUGCAUGGAGACAAACCUCUGACCAUCAACAGGAUUUUUAAAGGGACAGAACAGAGUGACAUCCAGUCGGGAGAUGAAAUCGUGCAGCUCUCGGGCACUGCCAUGCAAGGUCUUACACGGUUUGAAGCUUGGAAUGUCAUCAAGGCAUUACCUGACGGACCUGUCACUAUAGUCAUCAGAAGGAAAGGCCUCCAAUGCAAGUCGACAACAGCUUCUUCAGACUCCUAGACAGGGUGCCAAUGCUAAGACAAAGCAGGAGCGUGAAGCUCCCAUAAUUGCCAAUUCUCAGGGUCUCUGCUGCCCACCUCACCCAGGCUGAGGAAAGCCACGGUGUGCUUCUGGUAGCUGCUGCUCUCAGGUCUGGACCUUCUGGGACACUGCUUAUCAAGAGGGUUGUUCUUAUCAAGAGUCACACAGUGGUGGCUGAUAGAAACUGUAGAUUGUAUAUAGACUGCUUAGUGAUAAUAUUCUGGUGCCAUAAUAAAAUGGAUGUAUCACAGUUUGCCAUGAAA